AUGGCUGCUCCGCGAGCAUACAACAACCCGGGUCCAGGCUACCUUCAGAACGGUGCUGGUGGUCUUCCUCCCACUGGUGCUGCACCACUUUUGCCCAACCAGGGUCGUGUCCUUCAAACCGGUCCUCUAAGAGUUCUGUGUAUUGCCGAUGUUCGAGGAAACCUGAGAUCACUCAAUGAUCUUGCGAAACAAGCCCGAGCCGACCAUAUCAUCCACACCGGUGAUUUUGGUUUCUACGACGACACUUCCCUGGAACGAAUCGCCGAGAAGACGCUUAAGCAUGUUGCGCAGUAUUCGCCCUUGAUUUCUGAGCCUGUAAAGAAGGCUAUUCAGCAAGGAGGACCAGGCCCCGUAAAGUCCCGAUUUCCGCCAAAUGAGCUUCCUCUCUCGGAGCUGCCUCUCCUUAUCAGCGGUGAGGUUAAGCUUGAUGUUCCCGUCUAUACCGUCUGGGGUGCUUGCGAAGAUGUCCGAGUACUAGAGAAGUUCCGAACCGGCGAGUACAAGGUCCCAAACCUGCACAUCAUCGACGAGGCUCGAUCAAUGCUACUGGAGGUUGGCGGUGUCAAGUUGCGGCUACUUGGUCUUGGUGGUGCCGUUGUCAUGCAUAAGCUUUUUGAUAAUGGCGAAGGCCGUACCACCAUUGCUGGUGGUCAGGGCACUAUGUGGACAACUCUCCUGCAAAUGGGUGAGCUUGUCGACACGGCGCACCGAGUUUACGAUCCUACCGAAACCCGCAUCUUUAUCACACAUGCGUCUCCUGCUCGUGAGGGUAUCUUGAACCAGCUCUCAGUUACUCUCAAGGCCGACUUCUCUAUCUCUGCCGGACUCCACUUCCGAUAUGGUAGCUCUUACAAUGAGUUCAGCGUCAACCCUACUCUCGACCAUUACCGUGGCAAGCUUGCUGCCUCCAAGGCUUCUUUCAACGACGUCUGGGAGACUGUCAAGAGUGAAGUGGAACCUGCUAUUCAACAGAAUGAGGCCCAACAGAACCUUCUGAAGAAUGCUCUGCAAAUCGUCGAGAAGAUGCCAACCACUGCUGCUGGCGGUAACCCCUUCGGCGGCCCGGCUGCUGGCCAGGCUUCCCUCGGACAAGUCGACGAGAGUGCCUUCAAGAAUAUGUGGAACUUUAACCUUGCUGAUGCGGCCUUUGGCUACCUGGUCCUCGAGAUUCAGGAUGGCCGUAUUGGUACUGAGAUGCGUGCUCAAGGCUUCAACUUCUCUCACCGUGGCGCCAAGCAGCAGCCCGGACUUCCUCCCACCACAGCUGGCCCAGCUGGUAUUCCUUCACCUGCCCCUCCCUCGACCCAGUCCAGUGUGCCCCCUCCUACCAGCCGACAGCCCUCAACAGUCCAGGCUGCUAAGCCUGCUGUCGCAACUCCUCUGCCCGGCCCACCCAAGCCAGCGACUCCCCAACCUGCCCCAAGCUCGAACAGUCCUGCUCCCGCCCCGCCCAGCAAAGACACCGAGAAGGCCACAGCUCCGGCUUCCGCUCCAGCUAACGGUUCAGCGCACCCUGAGCGUGUUUCUUCUCCCGCUCCCAAGACACCUGCCUCGGACAUCAUCGGUCUUUUCAUUAUGAAUGUCAACACCGAGGAUCAGUGCCGAGAUCUGUUCAGCGAGGAGGACAAGAACAAGAUUCUCAAGGUUGACAAGUGGGGUAAUUCAAACAAGGUUGUUCAGUUUAAGACAACAGAGGACCGUGAUGCUGCUUUGGCCAGACUUCCUGAGGAUGUCAAGACUAGAACCCAGGAGGAUCGAUCCAAGCCUCUGGUCAAGAUCUUCCAACAUCGCGAGGGCAAGACAUAUGCCAACCGAGGUGGUGCUGGUAACUGGGGUGCCAGCGGACGCGGCGGUGCCACUAACACCAGUGGAUAUCGUAGCGCUGGAGGAGCCAGUGAUUCCGAAUCUAAUCGACGCGGUGGACGAGGUGGUCGCGGUCGUGGUGGAGAUCGUGGACGGGGUGGACGUGGUCGAGGAGGCCUCAAGGGCGAGACAGGCACCUCUUCACCUGCCGCCGCUCCCGCCACACCCGCCGCCGAUUAA